GACGGGGGGGUGGCUGUCUCCCUGUCUCCCUCAGGAAAACCCUGGUGGAGCUGGGGUGGAAAUCGGGGCUCGGGGUUUCCCCUUCGGUACCAGCUACCCUCGUUAGCGGGGACCCUGUCAGGGGGGGCAUUGAUGCCAUCGCUGCGGGGCUGCGAAAUCCUCCCCACUCAGGGAUUCGGGUGUGCACCGCUGGCCUGCGGACACCCACCUCCGGAUGCUCCUGUGCGCUGAAAUUAACUUAACCCGAUGGAGGCGAGUCCCAUCGUGACGUCCAAGCAGCGAGAGGAGGUGGUGCACGGGGUGCCGACGGAGGUGGUGUGCACGGCCUUCUCCAAUUCGGUCCUCGUGGUGGUCACACAGUACGGCAAGAUGGGGACCAUCGUCUACGUGGACCCCAACACCAUCGGCGACAACGUGGGCAGGCCCUCGCUCACCACGAAGGUGCUGCUGGGCAAGGAUGAGCCACUCGUUCACGUUUGUGCCAAAAACCUGGUGGCAUUUGUGUCGCAGGAAGCUGGGAACAAACCUGUUCUCCUCGCCAUGGCUUUAAAGGACAAGACCAUGGAAGGAAUACAGGCUCUACGAGAAGUGAUCCGGAGUUGCCAAGUAUGGUGAAGUUGUGCCAUCUGGAUUCAAGGAAAUGAUCUUGAGUCCAUGACUCAUCACCACCUAUUUAAAAGGACUAGAAAUGAAAAUGAUGGAAUGUCUUUGUGGUGGUUUUGGACGUACUGAGGAAUUUCAUGAAUUUUUCUCUACUGUGUAGAACAUUUGUGGGUUUUGUUACUGAGACAGGUUUGCAAGUCCGUAUAGACAGUGGUGAGACGAGAGCAAUUGUCUCAACAUACGAGAGAAGUGUUACUUUUAUCCCAUUGGGUGGGUCAUUUAUUUGGGAAAGGGCUCGGCUCUGCACAUGUGUCCUGACGAGCAGCAGAUGCCAAGCUCCAUAGCUGCGCCGUACCGCAAAGGGGGAACACCCAGUGCAGGGAGAAUAAAAGAAACAUUGUCAAAUCCAA